AUGUCUUCCAAACUAACUCCAAAUCUACUUUUCUUCGUUUGGUUCCAUCCACGCGUUGCCUUAACCGCUUGGCGUGUAACACAUAACAUUCAUUCAAACACACUUCAUGUGUUUCAUUUAUCAUGGUCGACUAGUGAUGGUGAUGGUGGUAAUCGUGGUAGUCAACUCAUAGGAUCGAUGGUUGUUACUCGUAAACUACACUAUAAUACUGAUGGUGACGAUGAAACACAGUCAAUCUUUAAACAAGAUAAAGAUCAACAAGACUCUAUUCCAAUAUCACACAUUGAACAACAACAACAAAAAGAAGAAGAAGAAGAAGAAGAAGAGGAGGAUGAAGAUAGUUAUAUUACAUUUAUAGAUCAAUCUGAUGAAACCCAAUCACAAACACUUUCAUUUCCUCCAUCAAUCAGAUUUCUCAUUGGUAGUGAUAUUUUUGAAAGAUAUACAUUCAACUCGGUUCGUUCAAUCAUGGUCAUGUUCCUCAUCAACUUUUAUGGUUACAAUAAUAAUGAUGCUACAUCAAUACUCCAUGCCUUUAUUUUUAUUACUUUUUUAUUUCCAGUAGUAAUAGGAGGAUAUUUAGCAGAUGGAGUAAUUGGAAAAUAUAAAACAACUUUAUAUUUUAUGGUUAUGAAUUGUAUGGGUUCUAUAUUAUUGUUUCUUAGUACUAUUCCUGCUAGUGACAAUCCAAACUCUAGAAACCCAUUUGUAUUGUUGGUCGGAUUGGUUCUACUUUCAUUUGGCACCGGUGCAUUCAGGCCAGUGUUUACAGCGUUUAUUGGAGACCAAUUGGAUGCAAAGACACAAGGUCCACUGGUAGGUAGGCUUUACACUUUUUACAUGUGGGGACUCAAUCUUGGCUUUCUCCUCUCUUCCAUCGUUUCACCACUCAUUGGCGCCAAAAUUGGAUACCAAGCAGCAUUCUUGGUUCCAUGUCUUUUUAAUUUUGCAUCAAUUGCUCUAUUGCUCUUGGGUGAAGAGCAUUACCAAAAGAGACCAAUUUCAGGUAGCAUUUUCAUUUCUGCCUUCAAAAUUAUAAGUUUUAGUAUUUUUGAAAGAUUUAAAAAUAUAUUAAACAUCAAAAAUAAUAAUAAUAAUAAUAAUAAUAAUAAUCCUUCUCUUCCUCCUCUAAAUGAAAAAGAACAAGAAAAUGUAAAUAAUAAUAAUAAUAAUAAUAAUUCAACACAUUGGUUAGAUACUGCAAAAUCAAAGUAUGAUCAUUGGUCAGUAGAAUCACUCAAAGCAUCGAUUGGUGUCCUUGCUUGUUUUAUUCCAUUGCCAUUUUAUAGAGCCAUGACUGAACUGACAGCUUCAAGAUGGGUCCUUCAAGCUCUAUCAAUGAAUCGAAACAUCGGUGGUUGGUUUAUGAUUCAACCAGACCAAAUUCAAGCAUUUAAACCACUUUUAAUGAUAUCACUCAUUCCAAUAUCUGGUUUAAUAUUUAAAUAUAUGGAUAAAAAAGGGAUUGAACCAAGACCAUUACAAAAAGUUGGAAUUGGAUUGUUUACGAGUAUUGUUGCAAUGAUAAUGUGUACAUUAUUACAAAUACAUAUUGAUCAUAAUCCGCCAAACAGUGUACCGUUAUAUCUACAGGUACCUCAAUUUGUAGUAUUGGCACUGGCAGAGCUACUCAUUUCCAUUCCACUAUUACAUUUCUCGUACAAAUACUCGGCAGCGUCACACAAAAGUUUAAUCAUGAGCGCACAUUUGAUAUCGAUCUCUCUCGGCAGUUUGAUUGUACUUUUGGUGGUGGAUGUAUUGCAAUUCUCUGUACAAUGGCAUGAAUAUUUAUUAUAUGCAGCAUUGACAUUGCUAUUUUCUCUCCUUUUUGUUUUUAUUGCUAAAAGGUUUCAACCUCCUCCUUUGGAAUCAUCAAUAUUAAAUUAUCAAGAUGAUUAA